GGGAAAUCCAAGCAAAAUGCCCUGCCACAGGCUCGACGUUGAUAAGAUGACAACCAGCUAACAGAGAUACGUGUGGUAGUCUGCCUUAUUCAAUUUUCAAUCACUACUUCUAGUGAUCUUGCUCAUCAUCUGCACAAGUACUUAUGCUCACUCCAUAAUGCCCGGAAUCAUGGACCGAAAUCAGCACGGUUUCUUCGGGAUAUUUUGGAAAUGUGCUCGAAUCGGCGAACGGCUGAGUCCGUACGUCAGUAUCUGCUGCAUCUUGAUGGCUGUGAGUAUUGUAUGCAUGGUGGGAGGAAAAACCAGCGAGACUAAUGAUACUGAGUAGG